AUGUCUGUUCGCUACGAGCGGUUAGAGGGAGCGCUGGCCGAACGAUUGGAUUCCCUCUUCGGGAUUCCUGGCUGCCUGAUAGAGGUGAACCCUGGCAAGGUCCUCUUGCCACCGAAGUACGUAGAACUGGGCCAGAGGAUAAAGGACUUGGAGGUUCGGCCAGACGACGUUUGGGUCAUUUCCUAUCCUAGAACAGGGAGCACAUGGGUUCAAGAAAUGGUGUGGUGUAUUGGAAAUGACUUGGAUUUUGAAACAGCUAAACAAUAUGGCCAGUUUCGAAAUCCUCUUUUAGAGCUUACAGCAUUGAUGGGUAAUGAUAAGGGUUCUUGGAAAGACAGUUUGGGUAACUCAGUAGACUUAGCAGAGAGUUUGAAAUCACCAAGGUUCAUCAAAACACAUUUGCCUGUAACACUUCUUCCUAAACAGAUUUUCACUGUUCGCCCAAAGAUUAUAUAUGUAAGUCGAAACCCGAAAGAUAUGUGUGUUUCUUACUAUCACUAUUGCAGACUUCUUCAUGAUUUCCACGGUAGUUUUGAAGACUUUGCUGAAAUUUUCUUGCAAGGAAAAGCACCUGUAGGACCAUACUGGAGCCAUGUUCUUGGUUUCUGGGAUCUUCGCCAUGAUGAAAAUGUACUGUUUUUGAAAUAUGAAGAAGUCAGAAAAGAUCAUAGGGGAUGUAUAUUAAAAGUAGCUAAAUUCAUGGGAAAGGAUAUUUCUGAAGAUGAUGUAAGCAAAUUGUUGGAUCAUUUGAGUUUUCAAAAGAUGAAGGAAAACCGUGCACUAAAUCUAGAAGAUUUUCUUCAGGCCCGAAAUGGACCAGGUUUCAUACAGAAGGGUGACCAGACCUUCAUACGAAAAGGGAAAGUUGGCGACUGGAAGAACUACAUGUCACCAGAACUUGCUGAGAGGUUUGACAAUUGGACCAGAGAGAAUCUUAAAGGCACUGGUCUCAGUUUUAAUACAGAAGAGUGA